CAGAGCGAGAGGUUCAGAGGCAAGGAUUGUUAUAAUCUAUAAUGAUUUUUGCAUGGAGACCCGUAUCUACGAGUGGGCGACGGCAUUAACGCGUCGCCACAAGGUGUUCAGUCUCAGCGAGCCCUUGAGGCCCGAGCAUUUUUUCAACCUGACGAGGGAUAGUACCCUGCAGCCGAUGCUCGUGUUUCUCGCGCGCCACGUCCGCCCGCCCGGGGAACGCAGGCUCACGAGGCUCAACCUGAAGCAUGCAAGGCUCAGGGAAAAGCUGACAGCCGACGAAGGAGACGGGGCAUCGGCGACAGAGGAGAGGCUGCGACUAAAAGCCUACAUUGUAGACGCUGGUGUUGAGAUUUCAGUGGAAAGGGCGGAAAUUCAGCAACUCAAUCAGAGGAAUGAGGAGCUGCGCCAGAGAGAGGUCGAGGUGCGCCGCAGGAUCACUUUACUGAAGGUGGCCCAGGAGGAACGGGAUAAAGAGAUCGAGCAUUGUCAACUGUGGCGGUCUCAGCUUUCUCUUUUAAUGGAAAAUUUACCUUGUUCUGAAGAAGGGCGGUCUCUUUUUGAUAUCAACCUGCAGAAACAAUUGCAAGCAAAUUUGUUGAAGUUAGAAGAACUCCGUCGCUUCAUCAUCAAAGGGCAUCUGAGCUCCCCGGAUCGACUUCAUGAGGAAAAGUUAAAUGUUUGGGAACUUGUUGGAGAAACAAUGGCAAGGUGGGAACCCCGAAUGCUGCUAGAGGCUGUGCUGAGUAAUGCACGGGAAGCGACGAGAAAUCUGCACAUUCAAGUCCAAAAUAUUGACCUGGUGAAAGAUGCACAGAUCCUGAGAUUGAAAUGCGAGACGGACGGCACAUUUAUCGAUGCCAUCAACCCUGGUGGUCUGAUUGAGUCCGUGCGCGAACUUUUGGCUUACAUGAGUGCAGCUCACGUCAAGCUGUAUGUUGAAGCCCACCAGGCUGACCGAGCGGCGAGGUCCCUGUCUCGAGCUCUCAGGACCCUGCAUAACAAUAUAGUUGCUGCUGCUGAGAGAACCUAUGCAGAAGAUGGGCUUGUUACUGCUGUAAUUGAUGUAGUGAACGAGAGCAUCAGUGUAUCUGGCGAGAGGGGCGCUGCCCAUUGUACCGAGCAGCUGACCCUGUCCAUGCAGGAAAGGACCGAAACUGCAGCGAAGGCCAGGGACGCUCUGAGGGCCAAACACGCACAGAUCACCAGCUUCAAUAACGAAGUCCAAGAUAGAGUCGAGAGUAUCCAGUGCCUAGCCAUGUGCGUGGGGGAUGGCUUACAGAUGAUCAAUGAACAACGGAGAGAAAUACAAGCCACAGUUAAUAAGGCUGUCGGGGCCAUGGCAUACCCCGCGCCUGUCACGAAAAAUUGCCUGGGUGAGGAGAGCGCGGCGUUCCUAGCUGUGCCACUGAGUCAGCUCUUCACUACUAAAGUGGGAGAGUACGGGUUGCAGAAGAAGGCGGAUCUGUCGACGACUUCUCUAGUGUGGCACGAGCAGUCCGUGAACCAGCCAGGUUGGGAGGCCAUGUGGCGCCUCUGUUGUGCUUUGUUGUCGUGGGAGGGAGUCUUUAACGAGGUCUGUGAUAAGCAGAAUCAGACGGCGUGCAUCCACAAGCAGAUGGAUCACUUCGCUUUCACUAAGGUCGCGAUGCAAAACUCUAGGAAAGUUAGAGACACUCUGACUAUGCAGAUGAUGAAAGAGUUGACAGAGAGAGUCGAAGCAAGUGACAGCCAUUUGGAGAGAGACAUAACUGCACAGACGUCUAAGUGUGAGAGCCAGGUAACCCAGGGUAUGCAGCUCAUUGCCAGGGUGAAUAGGCUUCUCUCUGAAUGGUGGGAGCAGCCAGCCAAAUGCAUUACUAUAUUGUAAGAAUAAGUACAUAUAAUUAUCUUUUUCCGUGUAAUUGUUUUCUUAUGUUAUUAUUAUUUUUUUUGUUGGAAGGAUAUUCAAGUGUGAUUUGCUUGAAUUAUAUUUGUUUUUGUUGUUUUUGUUUUGUAUAUAUUCUGUUGGCUAAUUGACACAAAAUAUAUUGUUGAU